AUGGCUUACUUGGGAGUCGACACAAGUCGAAUCGCCGGCACACAACCGCUUGAGAUGCUUCUGAUCAGCAGCAGUAGUCCCGACCCUCAUUCUACAAUAAUUAUCGAUCCCCGUACCGGAGUUUCGUCGUGGAGUUACAAAGGUGGAGAGUUGCAAGGAGCAUCAACUGGACUCGUCGAACCUCUAGGGAAGGAUGGUGAACACAUCGUAGUGACAACGAAAGAUCGUCCACUCGUGCAUGUGAUUGCAGUUCACUCAAAAGAUCGAUUUCAUCAAAAAUGUGUGCUCCCUGGACCUGUUUCUGCCAUUUGUAGCGAUCGUUCUGGUCGUUUCGCAUUUAUGAGCAUUAAACGACAACUUUACUGUUGGCUGCUGUCUACUGGGGAAUUGCUUUCUGUCAUUGACGCUCACUAUCAAAAUAUCACAAAACUCGCUCUCUCCGAUGACGAUUCAAUGGUUUUCACAGCCUCCAAAGAUGGUGCUAUUCAUGGAUAUCUUGUUACUGAACUGGUGUCAGCUGAUCGAGACAGUACUGUAGCCCCAUUCCGUAAAUGGGCAUCUCAUACAUUGGCCGUUUCUGAUCUCAAAAUUACUCAUGGAUCGAAUCCACGUAUUCUUACGACUGGAGCUGACCACAUCGCUUGUCUUCAUUCAAUUUCUAUGGACUCAGUGAUCCUGAAAGCGUCGGCAGAUCGUCCACUCACUUCAUGUGCCAUCGAUUCAGCAGAGACUCGUAUAUUCAUUGGAACCGAAGUUGGAAAUAUUGCACAAAUCAACUUGUUCCAACUGGGUGCUGAAGAGAGAGAUCUUCUGAUUCAAGCUGGUGACGAACAUAAUACGAAAUUCCGAGUUUUGAAUGGUCACUCUGAUGAAAUCACUAGGCUUACAAUUAACACAGAUGGUACACUUCUAGCUUCCGGUGACGCAUCUGGAAAAUAUUGCAUUUGGGAGAUUAGCAGUCAUCAAUGUCUCAAGGUAUCUACAAUGAGAUCUACAAUUAGCACUCUCCGAUUCAUUCCAUUCUGGCCCACGAUCAGUGGUGGUGAGCACACAAAAAAGUUCCGUCCAGUCUGGGACCUCCGCAGAGAGCCGACAAAGUGUGAGCGUCUGGCAAUCGAAGUCUCAAACGAGUUUAACGCUGACCAAAAGCAUUGGAACGAUGUAAUUGAGGACUCGAUCGACCAAAUGCUCUUGGAGUCUGGAAGCACAACAUCGGCCCAACUUCAAUGGCAAGUUGAAGCUCCAAUGAGGAAACAAGCUGAAGUUGAAAAGGCAGAAGCAGAAGCGAUGGCACAGGUGAUAACACUUGGAGAUGAUGAAGACGAUGCUCCGGAAGUUGGAAAUCAGAGAAGACAGAAUAAAAAGAAUAACAAAAAGAAUAGAAAACUUCAGAAGAAGUUGGAAGCUGAGCAAGCGUUGAAAAAUAAGGUUAUUGAAGAAGAAGCUGAGCUGAUCGUGAUAGAUGAUGGAGAAGAAUCAAACAAGAAAAUUUUGGAUCUCCAGGCAAGCAUGACGGAGUUGAGAGAAGAGAAUGAGAAGCUUAAAGAAAUUAAUAGGCAAAUGUACGAAUUUGUAGCCGCAGAAAUUGUUGACAGGUGA